AUGCCCAAUAUGACAGAAAACCUGGAACCUGAUGUCACUGACGCCUUGGCAGAUAUUGGAUCUAAGCCAAGUGAUAGCGUUUCCGAUGAUGAUGGGGAUGAUGAUGAUGAUGGUGAUGUUGGGGAUACUGACACAGCCGCCAAUGAGCCUAUCACUCCUCCUUCUUCGGAAGAAACGCUGAUACCAUCCCCGGCCAGCGUGGACAAAGAAGACGCACCAGCAACAGAGGUUUCCCAAAACGAGGAGAACGAGCCCAAUAGCUAUCAUCUUCCCAUGUCCGACACAUAUGUGGACGAAAUUGAGCAAAGUACCGACGAGGAUGGGCAUGUCAACGUUAGCAGCGACACUGGAAUCCUUAACGACGUCAAAGGAAUGGACGAUGCCGCUAUUGAGAGUGAAUAUGAUGGAAUUCUGUAUACUGCGAGUUUUGAAGGGACCGAUGAUACAACAGACGAAGUGAUGGCCAAAGUGAAAGAUGAUGCCAUUCAGCCUAUCGGCGAGGAUAAUGAACCCGACAAUGGUUCAUCUAUUGCGGAAGACGAUGGACCUGAAAAUGAACCGAAAUCAGCAGAUUAUGAUGAAUCUAAACCAUUGGAUUGUACAGAAAAAGAAGAUGCACGACUGCCUAGCAAGAAUGACGAGAAUGUUCUGGAAAACCACUUGGCAUCAACCGAAAACCAAGCACCCUCUUCGGCAGCAUUUACGGGAGCAGACACAGCCGACGCGAUACAGUCCAACAAUAUGGACAAGGAAGUAGAAUCGUCUGAGGCGUCAAAUGACAAGGGAGACUCGGAAUCCACCUCUGUGGCCGACCAGCCUGAAAACGUCGACGAUCCUUCAGAGCCGACCUUUGAGGAGAGCACCGAAGCAGCAUCCGCAUCAGAUCGUGCCGAAACUCAAGAAGCAGCACCAGAACUGGACGACAAGGUUGAAGAAAUAACUUCCACUACCGAGGAUAGAGAAGCAGCAAUUGGCGCAGAGAUCGAUAGCGAUAAUGAAGAACAUGAUGAUCACGACGAGCCCAUCAUUCAUAAUGCUGAACCAUUGCAGCCUGAAGCAGAAAACGAGAAGGAAGAAUCAUCGGUGCACAUAGUAUUGGAUGAUAUAAUAGAUACCACAUCUGACAAGGGAGGAGUCGUCAACGAAUCCAAUUUUGCAACAUCGGAUCUCGACUUGGAAGAAGGCGACGGCGCUAUCGAUGUCACUGGUGACACUGAUCAGAAUGGAUACCUGCACGAAAACCAAGCAAACGAUUUGCAGGAAAGCAAAGACAAUUUGGAGAGCCCUUCGAACAAUGGAAGCGUUGAUGGUGAUAAGAACACGAUGGAAGGAGGCAGAGAUGCAUCCCGGCAAGAGCAGGCUAUCAACAAUGAAUCUUCGCUUGUGCACACUGGAAACAAAAGUCGAUCUGCUCCUUCUCCGGACAGUGAUUUUUCUUCGUGGAGAGGGACCGUGAUCGGCCUUUCGGUAUGCUUCUUCCUUAUCAUUGUGGCGCAAGGCAUUACGAUUGGUAUCCUGUCCAAUCGAAAUGACGAUGACAGUCCCAUGACUACGAACGAUCGAGGCAUUGGAUCUAGUCCAACCAAUUCUCCUACUGCCGAAAUCCCGCCGACUAAAGCACCGACAGUGACUCCAACAAUGGCGCCAAAUUCAGAAACAGGCUUUCGGUCUAUAGCCAAUGAUCCCAGAGCAGUUCGACUAGAGCUCAUUUCUGAAUGCAGUGAGGUUUGCACCGAAUCUUUUGCUGUUCCUGCUGCCUUUGACUUUCGCUGGAGUGACUCAGAAUUUGUAAGGCUCAUGUCAAUAUCGAGCAACGGAAACAUAAUACUGGAAUGCGAUUUAUCUGCUCCAUGCGGAAUCAUUGAAACCCUUGGGUACUCACUCGGAAUGAAUGUUGAUACAUCUGUUCAUGGGGAAAUUUUCGUUUUACCAGAAAUAGAGAACGAUGACAUUAGUACAACUCGGCAAGCUCCAAGCGCAAGGUUGCCAAAAUUGACGGUAUCUUGGGAGAAUUUACAACUUUCCGCCGAGUUUGCCACUGAAAAAGAAUUCCAAGUCAGUGCACAGGCUAUAUUAUCAGAAGGAAAGAUCGAAAUAUGUUAUGGAGAAGGGAAUAUUCAUGGAGGCUUCCUCGUUGCCUCAUUUCUGAAUAUUACUCAGGGCACUUCCGCCCAGUACCCAGACGGCGAUCCAUUCUCCGCUGACGAUCUUCCGGUUGCAGAUCGAUAUCCAACCAACCAAUGCUUCGAGUUCGAGGACAGCGACGACGAUGACAUCGACGCAUUGACAAUGUAUCCGACACCGUCGUCUACUGAGAUUCCCGGCAAUACACCUUUCCCAACAACUAUGGCUCCAACCAAUCCAACAUUUGGCGUUUUUGUGCCCUUGGCAUCGAUAGAAGAUGCAAUCCCGCUCACAAGUGUAUCAAACUGCGACGAUUGUUCAGAGAGCAUCGAGCUUCCGACUGAGUAUAUGUGGGACGGAAAGUAUCCAGUGUCGUCCCUCUCGAUUUCCAGCAACGGCUUCCUUGCACUGGUUGGAAGUGACGGAUUGACAGAAUACGUGAGGAUUAAUGUCAUUUCAAUGGACCUAGAUACCAGCCGUGACAAUGAAAGCAACGUUCGAUACUUCCGAAGGGAGCCAUCUGGCGUGACUUUUGUUUCAUGGGAAAACAUGAAAAUUUUUGACCCUUCCAAUACUGACAACUCUCGCCUUAAUGGGCAGGUUCUAAUACAUCCCGAAGGACGAAUCGACAUAUGCUGGGGUGAGAUGUUUCUGGAAAACGAAUUUUUAGACUUCGACUCCAACAUUUAUGGGUAUGUAGACGGACGAAACUUUUAUGCAACCGGUCCAAAUUUUGAUUCGUUUGGUCAAUCAAAUGGAACGAGUGCUCCCCAGAAUACUUGUCAAACACUUGUCGGCGAUAAGGGACAAACUGUCUCAGCAUUGUACUCCAAUGAGUUCAUGUAUCUGUCUGCCAUUUCAGGAUCUGAAAGGUUGGAAGUGGUAUCGACAUUUGACGACAACGAGCAGAUUGUUGAACUCGAUGUGCCUAUUCGUUGGGUGCAAGAUACCUUCACCGAUCGCUUACUUGUCACUAGCAACGGAAUGAUUCGUGUUGAUGGGUGUCCCACCGAGAGUUCAGAAUGUGGGGAAAUUGCAGUAGCUUCUGCAGAUCUGGAUCCAUCAACCAGUGGUGAUGUGUGGUUCUUAGAUGCUACGCAGCUAGAGGCCAAACCUGCGUUGCUUGAUCCAAAUGUCCUUUAUGUCAUCUCUUGGGAAAAUGUCUCGGUGUUCUCGUUUCCUUCCAGUCGCAUCAAUGCACAGGCUUUGUUCUAUGAAAACGGCACUAUUGAAAUAUGUUUUGGCAUGGCGGAAUCGUAUGAAAUUUCAAUUUUUGCCGGUGUCUUUGAUCGUCGAUUCAACAUAGAAGAACCAGCGUGGGGCGAAGAAGUGUUUUCGUUUGGUGGUUUCACUGAGGAUGGCGUGUGGCCUACCGGAUUGUGCCAAUCAUUCUAUGUGACUACAGCUACCGGCACAACGCAGCCGGGCCCAACAUUGCCUCCGAUAUCGCUACCGACGCUUUCGCCAACGGAUGCUCCUGCCCCAAGAUGUAUGCCAACAUCUGGUGCUUGUGUGUCGACAGAGUCAGCGCUGACCAGAGAACUGAACGAAGCUCGUGAAGGAGCCACCAUUGCGCUCUGUGGUGACAUGGGAAUCUUGCGAACGAUCAGCGUGGUGAAGUCCAACAUGACUCUGUGCUGCCUCCGAGAAUCUUCCUGGUGCGCACUAGAUGGCGCAUAUGAAACACAGAUCAUGUCAGUAUCGGGUGCGGACUUCACUGUGACUGGUAUCCACUUCCAGAAUGGGUUCUCCAAUCAAAACGGUGGGAACUUGGCUAUUGAUGCGCCUGGGCACCACAAUAUCAGAAACUGUCAAUUUGUCGGAGGACAAACCUCAUUCAUGUUUGGCGGAAAUCUAUUUGUUGCUAAUGGCGACUCGAUUUCUAUUUCAGAUAGCAACUUUGAUGUCGGCGUUUCGCCACUUGGCGGGAGUGGAGUCGCAUUUGAAAACACUUGGUCCGCAGAAAUCAGAAAUUCACAGUUUCGAAAUAAUUUUGGGCAAGGUGCCGGGGGUGGUGUAUUGGUGCAUCAUACCUUCGAUUCUAUGCUCGCCGAUUCAACGACACAGCAGCUGUAUAUUGAAAAUUCCAGAUUUGAAGAAAACUCAGCAGAAAUUGGAGGUGGUUUGGCGGUUCAAGAUGUUGAUUCAAUCAAUAUGACAGUACUGGACACAGUGUUCGCCUUCAAUGUUGCAUCAAUUGUUGGGGGGGCCCUAUCCGUCACUGGUACAAAUUCAACUGUAGCUACGAUUCGAAGAAAUUCUGGGGUAGGAAACUCUGAUGCUUCGUCUACCUGCCAAGGCUUCUACUUUGAUGAGAACACUGACUAUGACGGUGGACUAUGCUUUGGUACUGAAGAGAGUAUUCUGAUAUCCGAUGAUGAUUUCCCACCAGACCAAACUGGGAUUCCCACCGGAAACCCAGGUGCAGUACCUACAUGUACUAGGAGUCUUCCUGUUUGUGCGGAGACAGAGGGCGACCUCAACUCCAUGCUUUUGAAUGCCCAGCCAAAUGAGGUCAUAUCACUUUGUGGUGGGAUGGUAUACGUAUCUGAAACGCUUCAAGUCUCACAACCCAACAUUACUAUUUGCUGUGAAGCAUAUCCAAGAUGUACGCUGUCUGGCACAAAUUUGACUGCACCGAUCAUGUCGGUUACUCAAGGUGGCAAUUUCACAGCCGUUGGACUUCGCUUCCAGAGCGGAAUGAAUGUUGAAAACGGGGGCAAUCUCAUAAUUGACGCUCCGGGAUACCAUUCGAUCCAGUUUUGCGAAUUCUCCAGCGGUUUCUCCGAAUCAUAUGGCGGUAGCUUGUACGUUGGCAAUGCCAAUUCUGUAUCUAUCACACACAGCCAAUUCAAUUCAGGAAUGGCGAUUGGUGGCGGUGCGGCCGCAUUCGUUGAUACAACUGUAGUAUCUAUAGAAGAGAGUGAAAUUGUGGACAACUCGGCGAGAUUCGAAGGAGGCGGAUUCUUCUUCCUGAGCAAUGAGGAAAACUCAGACAUGAGAGUUCGGAUUGUUGGGACAACUUUCGAAGGCAACUCGGCGACAGAAGGAGGCGGCGGCUUUGCUUUGCUCGGAAGAGGUUCAGUGCAAUUCACACUUUUAGAAUCUUGGUUCUACGACAACGAUUCGUCAGCGGAAGGAGCAACAGGAAAGAUAUCCGUUAGCAGCGUCUUGAACGCAACCUUCCAAGGAAACUAUGGAGACUUCAACGUGGACACCACAAACCUUUGCGAGUGGAUCUUCAUUGAAAAUGAGUCUGGAGGAGUAUCAGACUUGUGCUUCGAUGUAAACUCGGAGGCAUUUUUACCGUAA